AUCAAUGGUUAUAUUGUAGGUUUAGGCUGGGACGGAUUGUGCCGUGCAGACUCCGCUCCCGUGCUCUACACGAGACCUGGAGCAGCCUGUGCUCAACCUGCCGCCACACCUACGCAUAUAUUCAGGCCAAUAGGAGCCAAGCAACUGCCUUGCUGGACACAGGCAUGGGAGGAUAGGCCAACUCAGGUUCUCACGGUAGCACAUGGGGGCGAGAGAUCAAACGAUACUGCUUAAAUUGUUCUUCAGUUCGAACCUAAACUUCUUUGUGGACAGUCAACUUAGACCUAGACCUAAAUAUAACAAGCAGGAGUGAACUGUUUGUUACUUAUCCACUCGCGAAACUAAGAUUUACAAACACGAGUGUUGCUCCUAAACUUGGAUAAGUUCGAGUAUCAACUCCAGUGGCACCUGUUACAGUUUAGACAGUCAGUUUUACUCCAGUAGCAAGCGAGAUCAAUACUCCAGCACCUACCCGAGGAUUUGAAUAGUCUACUUCAACUCCUGCCAGAGACUUAAGUAAAGAAUUGUACUUCAGUAUUCGUGAUGUAUUGAAAUAUGUCAUGAUUAAACAACAACAUGUGAACAGCUGGAAACAGAUUUGAAUAAGUCUUGAUAUUUCCAGGUUUGCCGAAUCCAAGAAUAAAAAUGCAAGUAUCCGGCUCCACCCGAGUAAGUUCAAGUGAGGAAGCCCCCAUCUCUAAAACGCAAAGAUACAAAAAGAUCACAAAACCGCUCCUAGAACGGAAACGACGAGCGCGGAUAAACGCUUGCCUGGACGAAUUGAAAGAUAUAAUGACAGUUGCUCUUCAGGCAGAAGGAGAAAAUGUCUCAAAACUAGAGAAAGCGGACAUUUUAGAGCUUACAGUGAGACAUUUACAAAAACUAAACCAGUCCCAUAGAUUAACAAUCCGCAAUCCUAUUGAAGAACUACAGAAGUUUCAAGCCGGAUAUUCAUCUUGUGCUCAAGAGGCCACAUCCUUCCUUCUGUCAGCUCCAGGUCUUGAUGUUAGAGUGGGACAAAGAUUGAUAGGACACUUAUUCAGUCCUAGUCAAAGUGUUAGUCCUGGAUAUCCCAGAUUUCCUCCUCCCGUCCUACCUCCAGCUCCGACUCCUCCCCAACCCGUCCUGGAUAUUAAACCCAAGAUAUCCGAAGAGAAAACCAUUCCUGUUAAACCUGCAGCCGUCAGAUUAACUGCUAAUAACACAUUUUUCGAGAAUGUUUGGAAACCCUACAGUUAAUUCUAGUUUAUAGUUUAGUUUGGAGAAAUUAAACCUUUCUGAUUAUAAGUGUGUUACAAAGUCUAUAUCAAAAAUGCAACACGUGCAUGGUUGCAAUAAUAAAUACAUCUUUAUAUAAACUAUUUAUGAAUAAAACUUUUGUAAGCCUUGAA